ACAAAUAUCCCUGCCACCACCACCACCACCACAUCUACGACUUCACGGAGUAAUCAAGUAUGUACCACCAGUCAGAAGCUGAUUCUCAUCUCUGCAUCCAACAAAACUCAAUGCAACGCUGCUUACCUUUUGCUAUGACGCAAGAGCAGGGGGCAUUGCACCUGUAAGUGAUGUGGGUGUUUCUGUGUCUGCCUGUCACUUGAAAGUGGCUCUGGAUCUUCACGUAGCUGGGCUGAUCAAGUCAUGGCCGGAGGAACUCUGUGUGGCGAUGUGAUUGCUAUGUAAAUUAGUCCAACUAACAGCUGUAAAAUAAGAUUUACUUGUUUGUUUAAUUUCACAUUUAAUGGAUGGGAAGGCACUCCUGAAACAAGCUGUUGAAAAGUCAGGUUUCCAUAAUAGGUCCCCUUUAAAUGCCAACCCGAUACAUAUUUGAACCGUAUCAAAGUGGACUACGCGCACAAUGCAAGAAAGAAAUAAAGGCAGCAUUUCGUCCGAGAAUCACCGCAGUGAUCUCGUCAUCCUUGUCAGCCGUUGAGUUUCACCAAUAAGCGUUUCUCAACCUGAGCCCCAAACUUCCUGUGUGGUGUCGAGCUCAACAGUUUGAUCGGGACCAGAACACACGUACACACCCCUUCUGGUGCUUUCGGCUGCAUUUGCCCGUCGGUGCUGGCGUGCUACACGGCGGACAAAUAUGGUGAAAACUGCUGCUUGGGCUGCGUGCCGGGGGGCUUGACGGCAAUGAGGACCCACAUGAGGCUUACAUACGGCAUUCAGGUUCCGAAAUGUCGUCGAGGACUCUCCCGCUGCUCUUCAUCAAUCUGGGCGGAGAAAUGCUUUAUAUCCUCGACCAGCGACUACGAGCUCAAAGUAUCCCCGCCGACAAGGCAAAGAAAGUCAUGAAUGACAUCAUCAGCACCAUGUUCAACAAAAAAUUCCUGGAGGAGCUCUUGAAGCCACAGGAGCUCUACUCCAAGAAGGCGCUGCGCACCGUCUUUGACAGACUGGCUCACGCUUCCAUCAUGAGGCUCAAUCAAGCCAGCAUGGACAAGCUAUACGACUUGAUGACCAUGGCCUUCAAGUACCAGGUUCUCCUGUGUCCUCGGCCCCGAGAUAUCCUCCUGGUCUCCUUCAACCACAUGGACGCCAUCAAGGAGUUUGUCAAGGACACGCCCUGCAUCCUGUGCCAGGUGGACGAGAUGUACCAGCAGCUCAUCGAGAUGUACACUCCAUUACCUAGCGGCGAAUUCCAGCUGAUUAGACAAACGCUUCUUAUCUUCUUCCAGGACAUGCACAUAAGGGUAUCCAUUUUCCUCAGGGACAAAGUGCAGAACUCCAAUGGUCGAUUUGUGCUCCCCAUCAGCGGUCCUGUGCCCUACGGGACAAAAAUCCCAGGAUUGAUAAGGAUGUAUAGCUGUACUGGUGAGGAGACGAGCAGGUUGCAGUUCAACAACGGCGGAAACUACACCGCUGCACUCUGCGAAGGAUCCUUUGAGUUUUUCGGUGACAGGGUGACCAAAUUAGGCACUAACAUGUACAGCGUGUGCCGUCCGGUUGAAACUCACAUGUCAGGAACCUCCAAGCACUCAGCUCAGCACACUAAGGUCAACCUGGCUCCCAACCCUCUGGCUAAAGAGGAGCUCAACCUCUUAGCCAAACUAAUGGGAGGCUUGGAAGUGCCCAAGGCAGGAAAUGCGGACAGUAGCUUCCGGGUUAACCUGUUCACUACCGACGAGGAGGAAGAAGAGGCGUUAAUAUCCAGACCUGAUGAGCUGUCAUAUGGAUUUAUAAACAUCCAAGCUACAAAGGACCGAACUGCCAACAGUGAGCUGGCCAAGAUCAUGGGUGAGUUCAGCGAGUCUCAGGAGUCGCCCGAUCAAUCACCAUGUACCAGCAGCAAAGGAGACGACCUCCUGGCCAUGAUGGACAGUCUGUGACGCCGUUGGACACACCGUGGGAUGGACCGCAUUACAUUGUCUGCACCAGCAAAACUGAUGCGGCAACAUGUGCACAGAAAACUUUCAGGUGCUUUUUCUCCCCAUGUAGGGAGAGGGUGUGUUUCAGGGAAAUGACACGCAGCAUCCACAGUGUAGUACAUGCCGAGACUAGAAAAUAUACCAUCAGGGUUUCCCAACCUACUAACAUACAGUGGGUACGGAAAGUGUUCGGACCCCCUUAAAUUUUACACUCUUUGUUAUAUUGUGGCCAUUUGCUAAAAUCAUUUAAGUUAUUUUUUUCCUCAUUAAUAUACACACAGCACCCCAUAUUGACAGAAUAAAACAGAAUAAUUGACAUUUUUGCAGAUUUCUUAAAAAAAGAAAAACUGAAAUAUGAUACAGCCAAUAAGUAUUUAGACCCUUUCCUGUGACACUCAUAUAUUUAAUUCAGGUGUUGUCCAUUUGUUCGCAUCAUCCUUGAGUUGGUUCUACACCUUCAUUGGAGUCCAGCUGUGUUUGAUUAUACUGAUUGGACUUGAUUAGUAAAGCCACACACCUGUCUAUACAAGACCUUACAGCUUAAAGUGCAUGUCAGAGCAAAUAAGAAUCAUGAGGUCAAAGGAACUGCCUAAAGAUAUCAGAGCCUGAAUUGUGGCAAGGCACAGAUCUGACCAAGGUUACAAAAAAAAGAUUCUGCUGCACUUAAAGUUCCUUAGAGCACAGUGACCUCCAUAAUCCUUAAAUGGAAGACGUUUGGGACGACCAGAACCCUUCCUAGAGCUGGCCGUCUGGCCAAACUGAGCAAUUGGGGGAGAAGAGUCUUGAUGAGAGAGGUAAAGAAGAACCCAAAGAUCACUGUGGCUGAGCUCCGGAGAUGCAGUCAGGAGAUGGGAGAAAGUUCUAGAAAGUCAACCAUCACUGCAGCCCUCCACCAGUCGGGGCUUUAUGGCAGAGUGGCCCAACGGAGGCCUCUCCUCAGUGCAAGACACAUGAAUGCAUGCAUGGGGUUUGCUAAAAAAACACCUGAAGGUCUCCAAGAUGGUGAGAAAUAAGGUUCUCUGGUCCGAUGAGACCAUGAUAGAACUUUUUGGCCUUAAUUCUAAGCGGUAUGUGUGGAGAAAACAGGCACUCCUCAUCACCUGUCCAAUACAGUCCCAACAGUGAAGCGUGGUGGCAGCAUCAUGUUGUGGGGGUGUUUUUCAGCUGCAGACAUGGGACAACUGGUUGCAAUCGAAGGAAAGAUGAAUGCUGCCAAGUACAGGGAUAUCCUGAAUGAAAACCUUCUCCAGAGUGCUCAGGACCUCAGACUGAGCUGAAGGUUCACCUUCCAACAAGACAAUGACCCUAAGCACACAGCUAAAUUAAUGAAGGAGUGGCUUCAGAACAACUACGUGACUGUUCUUGAAUUGCUCAGCCAGAGCCCUGACUUAAACCCAAUUGAGCAUCUCUGGAGAGACCUGAUAAUGGCUGUCCACCAACGUUCACCAUCCAACCUGACAGAACUGGAGAGGAUCUGCAAGGAUCCCCAAAUCCAGGUGUGAAAAACUUCUUUCCCAAAAAGACUCGUGGCUGUAUUAGCUCAAAAAGGUGCUUCUACUAAAUACUGAGCAAAGGGUCUGAAUACUAUUUAUAUUAUUAUAUAUAUUAUAUAGAUAUUUUAGUUUUUCUUUUUCAUAAAUCUGCAAAAAUGUCAACAAUUAAUUUUUUUUCUUUCAAUAUGGUGUGCUGUGUGUACAUUACAAAGGGAAACAAAUGAACUUAAAUUAUUUUAGCGAAUGGCUGCAAUACAACAAAGAGUGAACAUUUUUAGGGGGUCUGAAUACUUUCCAUACCCACUCUACAUCAUGUGCGUCAUUCCAGAAUUAGAAGACAAUUUAGACAACAUUUUUGAGAAACAGACCAUUUGUUUGACAUUUUUUUAGUUAUGUUUACAGGAAAAAAAGGUAAUAAAAAUAAAUAAUAAAUAAUCUAAUUUGAUUCGUCCAGCUCAGUCAUCAAAGAUACGCUUUUAUGAGAUAUUUUAUCUGUAAUAUCAUAUUCUUUUCUGUUUGGGGCAACCCUGUUACCGAUACUCAUGCACCUGGAAAAAAACAUUUAAAAAUAUUGAUAAAUAAAUCCUUUAGAGUUAAAAUAAAUAAAAAAACAUUUUAUUUGAAUGCACUAAUUAAAAUUUUAGUAUUACUAUAAUUACAGUAACAUGAUUGCAAAUGCUCACUGUGUUAACUGCAAUGCUAACUGGCCAAGUACAUAGCUAUAUCAUGCAAAAAAGAAAAUAAUUGAUAUUAUUGUAUUUAUCUAAUAAUAUGAGUAACAGGGUUGCAUUGGUUGGAGUGACACACUCAAAACACUGAAAAAAUAUGAAAAGAGGACCAACCUUUGGCCUACCCAGGGUCAGAGCAAUUAGCUUAAUGAUGUCAUUUCUGGUGAUUCUGGGGAGCUCACUUUUUUUUUUUUUUUUCCUCUCCUAGAUGGCUAAAAUCGUUUUAGAAACAGGGUUGCGUUUAUGUUGAGAGAUACAAAUUCGGAGCACCAUUACUACAAUUCCAAAUAUAUCUGCGAUAAAACAAAAUUGUUUAACAGGAAGACAUCAAUAAAAGGAUUCCAGAUAAAAGCUGAUUUAAAACAAUUUUUUUAUUUGUUAUAGUUGAUAUGUAAGUCGGUCAUCAGCAGUUGAAAAGCUGUUUUUGGGGUUGCUCAAGAGGCAUUUUCCAUUUCAAAUUAUAUUUAGGAGUUACUUUUACUACAGCUACAGUUACAUUUAGUCAAAGGACAACUAUAAUUUCAAGUGCAUGUUUUCUCUAUUUUGUGCAUGAAAAAUAAUGAAAUAUCAUGGUAACAGCAAAUGUCCUCCAAUUCUGGAGUGGCCCAUGUAAGGCCAUUUAGUGACAUAUUUUUCCACAAUGUAAAACAAUCUCCAGUUACCUUAAUUACAUGUCUAAAUUUCCUCACGGUGACGACGAGGUGUGGAGCUACAAAUCUAAACAAGUGCGACCUGCGAAGCGCCUGUGAGCCCCCACAGAAACAGCAUGGGAUGUAUCGCGGAUCUUGGCCCAGCCUUAGAAACUCGGGUUCCGACAUCAGAAUUCAGAAGGCCUCACUCACAGGUAUGUUUUGGGAAAUAUAUCCAACAUAUAAAAACUUAAAUUAGCAGACAAUGUCUUCGUUAAUGAUAAAAAACACACUAGACACAUCUUUGACCCAUUUGGGACCCCACCCCCAAUUUUGGGAAACCCUGAAAAACCCUGCAAUGGUAGUUUGAGAAACACAUUCGCACAGUUGUAGCUACAGUGCUGUGAAAAAGUAUUGCCCCCCUUAUCAAAUUCUUAGAUUUUUGCAUAGUUUCCCACUUUAAUGUUUAAGAUCAACAAACAAAUGUAAAUAUCAGAUAAAUACAACGCAAGUGAACGUAAAAUGUAGUUUUUAAAUGGUGAUUUCAUUUAUUAAGGGAAAAAAACUAUUCUAAGACCUGGCCCUGUGUGAAAAAGUAAUGGCCCCCUAAACCUAAGAAGUGGUUGGGCCAUCCACAGCAGUAACAACUGAAAUCAAGCGUUUUCUUUGACUGACAGUGAGUCUUUCACAUAUCUGUGGCAAUAUUUUGGCCCACUCUUCCUUGCGGAAUUGUUUUGAGUUUAGCAAAAAAUACAGGGUUUUUGAGCAUGAACCGCCUUUUUAAGGUCAUGCCACUGCAUUUCAAUCUGAUUCUAGUCUGGACUUUGACUAGACCACUCCAAAACCUGUUGUUUUUUUUUUUUGAGCAAUUCAGAACUUGACUUGCUGGUGUGUUUUGGAUCGUUAUGCUGCUGUAGUGUGGUUCAGCUUGAGGUCACAAACUGAUGGCUAAACAUUCUCCUUCAAGAUUUUCUGUUAAAGAGCAGAAUUCAUGGUUCCAUUAAUCACAGCAAGUUUUCCAGGUCCUGAAGGAGCAAAGCAGCCCAAGACCAUCACACUACCACCACCACCAUGUUUGACUGUUGGUAUGAUGUUCUUUUUCUGAAAUGCUGUGCUACAUUAACACCAGAUGUAAGGAGACACACAGCUUCCAAAAAGCUCAACUUUGAUUUUGUCAGUCCAUAUAAUAUUCUCCCAAAAGUCUUGGGAAUCAUUCUGAUUUUUUUUGUUUUUUGUUUUUGCCAAAGUAAGACAAGCCUUUAUGUUCUUUUUGAUCAGCAGUGGUUUUUGCCUUGGAACUCUGCCAUGGAUGCCGUUUUUGCCCAGUCUCUUCCUUGUUGUUGUGUUAUGAACACUGACCUUAGCUGAGGCAAGGGAGGCCAGCAGUUCCUAAGAAAUUGUCCUGAGUUCCUUUGUGGCCUCCUGGAUGAGUCAUUGCUGUUCUCUUGGGGUAAUCGUUGUAGGCUGGCCACUCCUCUGGAAGGUUCAGCACUGUUGCAUGUUUUCUCCAUGUGAGGAUAAUGGCUCUCACUAUGGUUCGCUAGAAAUCUAAAGCUUUAGAAAUGGCUUUUGUAACCCUUUCCAGACUGAUGGAUCUCAAUUAUUUUAUUUCUCGACUGUUCUGGAAGUUCUUUUUUUGAUCGUGUCAUUUUGUUGCAGCUUUUGUAGAUUUUUUAUCCGACUUGAUUUUGUCAAGACAGAUUCUGUUUUAAGUGAUUUCGUGAUUGAAUCAGGGUUGAGUGUGAUCAGUGAAAAUUAACCAAAAAUCGUGAUUAGGCACAAUUAAUUCAUGAUUUAACAAGGGGGGUAAUUACUUUUUCACACCUUAAUAAAUGAAACCACCAUUUCAAACAGUAUUUUACAGCAGCUGAAAUACGUAUUUAACACAUCACCAUUUGUCUCAUUAAAUAUAUUUCCAAAGGUGCGAUUGACAUGAAACUUUCAACAGAUGUUGGGAACAAGUAAUCCAUACAUACAAAGAAAGUAGCACAAAUACGAUCAUAAUAAUGUCAAAUGACACAGGGGAAAAGUAUUGAGCGCCAACUGGUAUUUAUUUAAUACUUUGUACAAAAGCCUUUGUUUGCAAUGAUGGCUUCAAGAGGCCUCCUGUAUGGAGAAACUAGUUGCAUGCAUUGCUCUGGUGUGAUUUUGGACCAUUCCUCCACACAAACAGUCUUAAAAUCUUGAAGGUUCCGUGGCCUUCUUUUAUGGACCUUGAGUUUCAGUUCUUUCCAUAGAUUUUUGAUUGGAUUCAAGUUAGGUGCUUGGCUGGACCAUUCUAGAAACUUUAUUUUUGUUCUUUGUAACCAAUUGAGAGUUUCCUUCGCUUGGAUCAUUAGCCUGCUGAAAUGUCCACCCUCGUUUCAUUUUCAUCAUCCUCGUAGAUGGCAGCAGAUUUUUGCUCUUGGACAGCUCGUCUGACUAUUCUUUGCACUCUUCUGUCAUAAAUCUUGCGAGGAGCACCUGAUUGAGACAAAUUUAUGGUAGUAUAAUUGGCUUUCCACUUACGUAUUAUGGCCCCAGCCAUGCUCACUGUAAUGCUCAGAAGCUUAGAUAUGCGCCUGUAACCAAUGCCAUCGUUAUGUUUUGCAACAAUUAGUUUGCAAUGGUCUUGAGGCAGCUCUCUGCUCUUACCCAUCAUGAGAUGUGUCUUGACUCACACCUUAGCAAUGAGACCUUUUUGUAGGCCAUCAAUUAGGACUGAACCAGCUGAUAUUCAUUUGGACUGACAAGGGGCUCGAUUUCUGUUUGAUUAUUGAUAGAUUUUAGGUAUUGUCUUGUCUUUCAAUGCCUUUUUCCACCUCCCUUUCUUCAUGUGUUCAAUACUUUUUCCCUUUGUCAUUUCACAUUUUUACACACAAAUGAAUGUAUGUGCUUAUUUGUUCUACUGUCUUUGUAUGUACGGAUUAUUUGGGUUGUUCCCAACAUUGGUGAAAUUUUCAGGUCAAUGGCACCUUUGGGAAGUAUAUGUAGUAAUGAUGUAUAAAAUACUUAUUUUAGCCGCUGUAAGUUCACUUGGGUUAUAUUUGCCUGAUAUUUACAUUUGUUUGGUGAUCUUAAACAUUAAAGUGGGGAAAGUUUUAAAAAAUACAAGAAUUUGAGAAGGGAUGAGAAGGGAAUACUUUUUCACGGCACUGUAUGAAUUGCUCUCGGUCGAGUGCAUACCACCGCCAAGGUCGCACCAUCACUAUUUGGAUCAGCAUCUUCAUAGAUGGACACCUCCUUCAGUUAUAGUAUCUCAUUUUUGUAAAUAUUUUAUCUUUUCAUGGAACAACACUGACGUCGUCUGUGUACACUUUGUGUAACCGUGUAAAUUUACUAUCCGCUCAAAAUAACACACGGCCAUUGAUGUCUAAACCGCUGGCAAUAAAACUGAGUACACCCCCAAGUAAAAAUGUCCAAAUUGUGCCCACAAUGUCAAUACUGUGUAUGGCCAUCAUUAUUUUCCAGCACGGCCUUCACGCUCUUCGGCACCACUCAACUUCUUUGGUUGCCCGUGGCGAGGCCGUUAUUUUUUCAGAUCCUCUGAGUUUUUCAUCAUAAGGUGCCAUAUUGACCUAACAGUCACCAGUAUAAGUGAGUGUGAAAGUGAUAACAUCAAAUUUAACAAACCUGCUCCCAAUUCACACCAGAGACCUUGUAGAUUCAAUGAGUCACACGAUAAUGUGGUGUGAAAAUGUCUAAUUGGGCCCAAUCUGGACAUUUUCACUGAGGGGGUGUGGCCACUUUUUUUGCCAGCGGUUUAAACACGAAUGGCUCUGUGUUGAGUUAUUUUGAGGGGACAGUAAAUGUACACUGUCUGACAAGCUGUACACGGACUGCUUUACAUUCUAGCAAAGUGUCAUUUCUUUCAGUGUUAUCCCAUGAAAAGACAUCAUAAAAUAUUUACAAAACUUUGAGGGGUGUAGAGUACUCACUUUUGUGAAAUACUUGGAAUUAGUCACAAGAUCCAUGCAUUGUUGACUUGGAAACAAGACAAUGCAGUGUUAGCAUUUUACAUAUCAUACCUAAUUUCAUGUUUUUUUCAUCAAGUUCCAAGUAAAUUUCACGGUAAAGACACAAUGCGAAGAAGGGGAUUGCUUACUUACACGUGGACAAAAUUGUUGGUACACGUCUGUUAAUAAAAGAAAAACCCACAGUGGUCACAGAAAUUACUUGAAUCUGACAAACUAAAAAUAAAUAAAGAAAUUAUGAAAAUUAGCCAAUGAAUAUCAGACAUUGCUUUUGAAUUGUGCUUCAGCAGAAUUAUUUUAAAAAACAAGCUAAUAAAACAGGCCUGGACAAAAAUGAUGGUACCCCUGGAAAAGAUUGAAAAUAAUCUGACCAUAGAGACAUGUUCAAACAAGAUGUGUUCUUUAAUUAGCAUCACAGGUUUCUUUAAGCCUGUAAUCAGUCAGUCGGCCUGUUUAAAGGGUGACAUAGUGUGUACCACACUAAACAUGGACCAGAGGACGUGGAGGAGAGAGUUGUCGCAGGUGAUAAGAAAGAAAAUCAUAGACAAGCACGUUAAAGGUAAAGGCUAUAAGACCAUCUCCAAGCAGCUUGACAUUCCUGUGACUACAGUUGCAGAUAUUAUUGAGAAUUUAAGCUCCACGGGCCGCAGAAAUAAAAUUGAUGACAAAUUGAAGAGACAAUGGUAAAAAAAUCAGAAUCAGAAUCAUCUUUAUUUGCAAAGUAUGUCCAAAACACACAAGGAAUUUGUCUGCGGUAGUUGGAGCCGCUCUAGUACAACAGACAGUCAAUUUACAGAACACUUUGGAGACAUAAAGAACAACCUCCAAAGAAAUAAAAGGUGAACUCCAACGUCAAGGUACGUCAGUAUCAGAUUGCACCAGAUUGUUGUUGUUUGAGCCAAAGUGAACUUCGUGGGAGAGGACCAAGGAGGACACCACUGUUGAAAAUAAAUCCUAAAAAAGCUAGAAUUUGCCAAACUGCAUGUUGACAGGCCACAAAACGUCUGGGAGAAGAGAGAGAGAGACGGACUCAAAAAUGAAGCGUACCAAGAAAUAACACUGUCCCUACUGUUAAACAUGGAGGAGGCUCUGUUAUGUUCUGGUGCUGCUUUGCUGCAUCUGACACAGGGUAUCUUGAGUCUUUGCAAGGUACAACAUAAUCUCAAGACUAUCAAGGUAUUCUAAAGAGAAAUGUGCUGCCCAGUGUUUGGGGGCUUGGUCUCAGUCAAAGGUCCUUAGUCUUGCAACCUGAUAAUGACCCAAAACACACAGCUAAAAACACUCAAGAAUUGCUAAGAGCAACAUAUUGGACUAUUCUAAAGUAGCUGUCCAUGAGUCCUGAUCUAAAUCCUAUCUACCGUCUGUAGAAGGGGCUGAAACAUGCUGUCUGGAGAAAGCACCCUUCAAACCCGAGAAGCAAACAACUAGAGCAGUUUGCUCAUUAAGAGUGGGCUUAAAUACCUGCUGAGAAGUGCAGACGUCUCAUGGAAAGUUACAAAAAUCAUUUGAUUGCAGUGAUUGACUCAAAAGCUUGUGCAACAGAAUAUUAAGGGUAGCUUUUAAAACAAAUUCUGCUGAACCACAAUUCAAAAGCAAAAUCAAUGUCCGAUUUUCAUUGGUUAAUCUUUAUUUUAUUUUUUAUCUAUUAUUGCUUUUGCCAGAUUACCGUAAUUUCUCGUGUAUAAUGCGCACCCAUGUAUAAUAUGCACCCCCAAAGUUGACCGAAAAAUUCUGCAAAACCCUUCUACCUUUGUAUAAUGCCUUUUUAUAAUGCAUGAUUUUGCUUCUACCCAAAUGAUCAAAACAUGAAGUAUUAUCUGUAUUUUGUUAGUUUUUUUUCAAAUAAUUAUUCUGUAGUUAAUCACUUUAUUUGAACACGUAAUCCUUUUUUUUUUAUUUACUUGCUCUUAUUUUGAAAUUCACAGCCCUACUUGUAUUUAAUAAAUUAGAAAACACACAGUUGUGCUCAUAUGUUUGAUUACCCAGGCAGAAUUUGUGAGAUGGGUACAGAUCUUUAAAGAAAACAUGAAGGACCAGGCGAAACACAUUAAAUGUUAUUUUAAUGGGAUUCAACUUAAAGGGUCAGGCAUUUCAGAAAAGCAUAAACAAAACAUAACCAUAACGAAAUGGUUGUUCAGUUAUCAGUCAUAUUUAAAAAUAUAUAUUUCACAAAUUCUGCCAGGGUAUGUAAAUUUAUGAGCAUAACUGUACAUAUACACAGUCAUACGUACCCGUCAUAUUGGAAUGAAAGUGUAGGCUACACCUUUUUUAUAACCACUAGGUGGCGGUGGCAUUUUGGAAUGAAAAUAUACAGCUUUUUCAUAACCACUAGAUGGGGUCAUACAUUUAUAAAAUGUGAAAGUUUCCAUUUGCCCCUAUACCUAUCUAUAAUGUGCACCGUUGACUUUUGACAAUUUGGGGGGGGAAAUCCACAUUAUACACGAAAAAUUACUGUAGUUAUUUAUGUGACCACUGUGGGGUUUUCUUUCAUUAACAGAGGAGUAUCAACAAUUUUGUCCAUGUGUGUAUCGCUUCGGUAUUUGAAAGAAUGCACCUGUGCGGGGAACCUGCAAAUACCCAAGUGCUCUUUUCUAACGUGAUUGUAAUCCUAUUUCAAUACUGUGAUGAUGAAGUCCGCAUUAAGAGCCUCGCUCAGGAGUGAAUUGUGUUCAUGAUGGAUUAUUGAGAAAUGAAGGAGAACUUGAUUAUGUUGGUGGCUCAUUGCCAUGUCUAAUCAUGUAAAUAUGUUUAUGAAAUAGUUUUAGUUACUGGAUUUAUCUAUUGUUUUCUGUGAACAGAUGUGCAUAUUUCUACAAUUUAGCAGUUCCAAAAAUAAUAAAGUUAUG